AUGUGCGCAUAUCAAGGAAAUCCGUCGAUUUCCCGAUUGUUGCAAAUGCAACAGGAUCAGCAGAAAAUGAUUGAACAAACUAAAAAUAUGUCAAUCGAUGAGCAAAAUGCUCGUACCGUCCUAAUAAAUCUGUGGCAUGUUCUAGAAAGUCGAAUGUUUCAAUCAAUUGCCUAUUGGGAUAAUGAAAGCUUCCAUAUUUCUGAUCCAUACUUGUUCGAGAGACAUGUUCUGAAAUUAUUCAAGACUAACGAUAUUAAUGACAUUUUUAAAGUGCUGUUUAUGUGCGGCUUCGGCAAGAUUACCCACGUCUCUCACGGCUGCCAUGUUCACCUGGAGUUUAGCCAUCCGUUUUUCAAAAAAGGACGUUUUGAUCUACUAUCACAGAUUAAGAUUCAGAUCCCCACGGGCUUCAUUCCGGACUCCUCUACUCCGCCUCCUCAGCCUCCUCAGACAAAUCAUAUCAUACUAACUCCUAUUAAGUCAUAGUUAGGCAGCUCUAAACAUAGUUAGGAAGAGUUAGUCAGAGUAAAUCAGAUCGACAAAGUACAAUCAGACCAAUUCCGAGCUAGGCAUAGUUAGGCAGAUCUAGGAAGAGGAAAUCAGAGUAAAGUAACUAAGAAAUUUUAUCGAAUGAAGGGGUAGAGCUAGGCAUAGCUAAGCAGAGCUAAGCAGAGCUAGGCAGAGCUAGGCAGAGUAAAGCAUUUCUGAUUUACUAUGGAAUCGAUUGUUUUUCUGGCCCGCCUGUACCGGGCUCCGGCCUGCUCCCGCCAAUGGGCCCCCACAUCGUCGCCGAAAACACUGGCCGUAUCAACGCUUUGGAACAGGAAAAUGCGAAAUUGAAAUGGAAAUGCAAGCAGCUUGAAUCAAAUCAGACCAUACUUUUCAGGAUGAUUCAGGAUAUCAAGAGAUCGUCGGCUCCUGCGGCUCCUGCUCCUGUGACAGUGUUGAAAAUGUGGCCAAACGAAAUGAGAAGCCAGUCGUUGGAAGAGAAUCUUGACGCAAAACUUGAGCAAUUCAAAAAGGAGCAUUCUCCGGUCAAGGAACGAGGAAAUUGCUCCAAAACACGAAAAAUAUCCGAGAAUCAGCCGCCGCCGAGCUUUGAAGUUGUCAUGGCUAAGAUUCGUGGAAUUCAAGAAAGUUUGAAGAAUAUGGAAGAUCAGAUGAAUGAAGAAGAGCGCGGAAAGGAAAUGCCAGAUUCGACUGAAAAUUCCUUCGACUUUUCGAAAAUUUGGCAAUAUUUCGAUCAGACGAGGAUCGAGGAAAUUCGUGCGCUUUUGAAGAAACGUCAAUUUCCGGAUUCGCCAUAA